AAGGUCAGUAGCUAAAGAUAGCGAGAAGGAUGGCUUUUACACUUUACACACAUGGUGUGCCUUGAACAACACACUGCACAUUCUACUUGAUCCCGAGUCCAGACGUGUCAACAGAAACGAUGGGGAAGAAGAAUAUUAAAAAGAAACAAAAGAAGUCAUUAUUGCAGGAUGAGCAGCAAAAAGCAGCCAAAACAGUGACAUCAGUAGUUGCAGAAGAUAAAAAGGAAACUGAUGCAGCACACUCUAUUGACAGAUUACUGGACAAGGCUGAACAGCUAAUUGAUGAGUUCAAUUAUGAGCUUGCUCAGAAAUUUUGCCAGAGAGCUUUAGAGACAGAACCGGAUAAUGUCCGUGCCCUUGAAACAUCAGCUUCUCUCCUUCUUGAACUGGGCAAUGCUGAGUCUGCAAAGCAUUGUCUGGGCCGUGCUGUGGAGGUGUGUCCAGAAUCUGGGUUCAGCAAGUACAUGACUCUUGGUCAGCUCAUGGAGGGAGCCACAGCAGUACAAUGCUACCAGAAGGGAAUUGAACUCAUGAUCAAGGAGAAAGAGUCAAAGGAAGCAGAGGAGGUUGCAGCUGCAUGCAGUAAUGACAGGUCUGCUUCUGAAAAAGACAUCUCCAGUGCAUACUGUGCUAUUGCUGAAAUUUAUUUGACAGACUGCUGCUUUGAUGAUCAAGCAGAGGAGAAGUGCAAAGAAUUUGUGGAAAAAGCAAUAGCAUCAGAUCCAGACAAUGCUGAGGCAUGGCAAGUGAAGGCCAGCUUUUUGAUGUCAAAGAAUGAAAAAGAGGAAGCAAAGGCGGCAAUGAAGAAAAGUGUGUCGUUAUGGUUGCCAAAGCUUCAAGCUGUAGACACGGGGGAACUUCCAGAAGAGGAAUUUGAUCCUGUUGAGGUCUGCUCGGUACCAUAUACUGCACGUGUUCAGAGUGGGAAAAUAUUGAUAGAAAUGGAGGAGUAUGAGGAGGCUACUGAAGUUCUGGAAACAUUACUUGAUGAAGAUGAUGAAGUACCCGAUGUAUGGUACUUGCUAGGCUGGGCUAACUAUUUGCAUGGAAAGGAGUACUACAGCAAUUCUAGACAUUAUCUCCAGAAAGCAAAAGAAGUUUAUGUGAAAGUGAAAUAUGAAGAUGCUGAAUUACUUGGUCACAUUGAUGAACUGAUCCAAGAACUUGGGCCUGAUGAUGCAGAGGAGACAGAGAAUGGAACUGUUGGAAAUCUGGAGAUCGAGAGCUCUGGAGAAGAAGACAUGGAUCAGUAACAUUUUGUUUUAUUGAUGGAAAUGUAGAUGAAUGUCUGUUGCUAUGUAUGCAUUUUUCUGGCUUACUGAAACUAUGUCACCGAUAAAUUAAUAAAAUGUGAAACUUUUCA